GUGUCUCGUGCACAAAAGGUACAGGAAUCAGUAUUAUCAGUGAGCCAGAAACAGGCUGCCAUUUUUUUCCUCCUCUUUCUCUCUCUCUAACAAUUUUGCUCUCUCUCUCUCUCUACCCUUUUUUUUUCCCCGCGUCUCCCACUCUCUCUCUCCUCUCUCUCAUUUCUCCACGCUUUUACAAGUUUUACCCAAGAAACCAGCGAACACAUCGGACUUCAAACCAAUCCUGAAAUCUCUCACUCUCUCUAUCUCUCUUUCUCUCUCUACCUCUCUCUAUCUCUCUCUUCUGUUUGUUGAUGGUUAUGGCCCAGGUGGACCAAAUUUAUGAAGAAAAAAGAGAGGAAACCCCAAAGCGAAGAACUUUCUCUUACCAUCCAAGAAAAAGAGAGGAAGCCCAACUUCCCAUAAUGCCCCUCUUUCUCUUUCUCUCUCUGCAAAACCAAGGCCCAAUAACCCACUCCCAGUUUUUAUCCCCGCCUUAUUUGGGGCCUCUUUUGCAUUGUCUUGGUCAGAAUUGCAGGAGAGAGAACAGCGCCUCCUUACCAAGAAAGCAUUCACACGCUGUUUUCUGUCUCUAUACGUCUUCUUUGUCUCUCUACCAUUUAUUUCUCUCUUAUCAAUUCUUUCUCUCUUUUCUAGCUUUCUAUUUCCUGGUUUUUGGGGCCAUGGCGGUUUCUGGCUGCCUAUAGCUUGAAAGCUUCAAACUUUCCUUAAUAAAGUAAUCUCCGAUGGUUUAUCGAAACUGUUUCCUUAUUGGGUUUUCUUUAUUCAUUUCGGUUUCUUCUUUGAGAUCCGUGGGGUUGUGGGUUUGAUCGGUCUGGACGUUUUCUGGGUUCUGUUGGACUGUUAUUCUGGUUUUAGAGAGAGAAAGAGAGAGGUUUUGUUGUUGAUGAUGAAGGUGGUUUCAAUGGAUCGUGGCCCUGUUGGUGAUGAUGGUUUGAGGAGGUUGAUUGUGAAGCAUCAGGUUUUGGAGCACGAGUACGAUGAUUUGCAGACGGAAACUCGAACUUUAAAAAAGACUUUGCAGAAAGCCAAAUUGAAGGAGCAAAGACUCUUAGCCGAAGUGAGGUUCUUGAGGAGGAGAUACAAGUACUUAAUUGAAAACCAAAUGGAAAGAAGACCUUUUGAAGAUUUUGCUCAACCCCAGGCCAUGGAAUUCCAUAAUGAGAACAUGACACAGGAAAAACAUUUCAGAGGAGAGGAAGCUACAACAUCAAAUCCUCGUGGCUUCUUGGAUUUGAAUCAGAUAUCUGAGCUCAGGGAAGAUGAGGCAGCAGAAUAUCAGGUUGCAGUGGAGCCCUUGAGCGUGGAAAAAAAGGGAAAAAAAAGAUUGGUAGAUGGUGAUGUGAAGCUCUCAAUUUGUAGAGAGGUUGGGAAUAAUGGGUUUAAUGGUGGUGGUGCAAUGAGAGGGGGUAAAAGGAAGAUAACAUGGCAAGAUCGGCUGGCUCUUAAAGUGUAACUAAUAAACACUCAUCAAAUGCUUUUAUUUGGCUUUUGCAUAUCUCACUUGUCAAAGUAUGUUCUCUCCUUUCUCGCUUUUGUUGGAAGGGCUAUGAUGUUUCACUUGUCAUACAGUAGAAACAUAUAAUUUAUUGCCAUGGUAGAGGUGACAUGCAGUAGUGUUUGUAAAUUGUACCAAGUCACUGUAUACAAUCCUCCAUCUAGAAGAAUUGUGGGGAGAACCGGAUCCAACCCAUUGGAUCUAGAAGUUGGAUCAGACCUGGAUGGUGGGUCGACCUAACCGGACUGCCAGCCUUGAUGAGGGCCACAGGUUACUGCGCUCGUGAAGACGCACACACCCAGUUGCCAUUGAGAACCGAUAGAUUAUGCAACUUAAACAUGAGUCAAGAUCUUAUCUUAUUUUUUUUCUAAUAUUUGGUAGUAGGUAGUAAUAUUUGGUAGUAGGUAGUUCUCUAACUUAAACAUGAGUCAACUGCAGUUUCCUUUCCUUUGGAAUCAACUGAGAGCCCAAUUCUAACUUGUGGGCACCCUUGAUGUUGUAAUGGGGAUUUUAUCUGUGUUUCUUCCUAAGAGAAUUUUUUUGCAAAUUAAUAAUAUUUGGGAAAUAUGUUUGCCUUA